AUGCUCCUACAGGGGGCAGCUCCAAGCUGCACUGAUUGACACCUGCGCAAACUUCCUUGUUCCUGCUGAGCAAACUGGACGCACAAAGUUUAUGUGGAAUUGGCCAGUACUAUACAGUGGUUCCAUGUGAACGCGCUCGUGCGGCAGUGGAGCAACAAUAAGCCGUGGUUCCAUAGAGGAGGGGAGAGGAGGUUGGGAAGAAGAGCGGCGUUUGGAGGAGUCAAAGCCCGCCUGGCGCGCGCUCUGGCACGGAGAGCCUCUGAUGAGGAAGUGAGGAAGAGGAGGGAGUGCUUUCAGGGAAAAUGACAGGGAAAACAGCACUUGGGAUUGAAAUGGGACAUGCAGUAGUGAUCAUGUGCCCUCUCAGCAGCAGGUCUGAGGUUUGGUGAAGCCGAGGAGGAGGGGUAGACGGCAGGCAGGCAGGCAGACAGGUGCACUCCUCAGUCCCUUUCAUUUGUUCCUCCUCCUCGGUCCAGGGAAGUGACUGAGCCAUGGAGACCCGCAAAGACAGCAAGGCGAGAAAACAGCCCAUGAAAGCCAAGACCUCCAAGCGGAAGGAGAAUAAAUACAAAAGUGGCCGCUUCACCCGGAGGAAAUCGCUGCGAUCAUUCGGGAAUUUCAUGGGCCGGAUCCUGAAAACUUUGGGCAGUUUGGCGCACGCCGACAACGCGGAACAGCGGGACGCGGACGACGACGAUGGGGGAUUCGGACCCAGCACUUCGGGCCACCUGAAGAGCGACUUUCCCGCGAAAAAGAACUCCGUGGGCUCCUCCGCGCACGGCUCGGUGAGAGAGAGGCUGUCGUGGUGCUACGGCGACAAGACGCCGGGCGUGCUGGGGCUGAAGAACCACGGCAACACCUGCUUCAUGAACGCCGUGGUGCAGUGUCUGAGCAACACGGACCUGCUGGCGGAGUACCUCGGCUUGGAGCAAUACAAAUCGGACAUCUGCCAGGGGAAGGUGAGCGGGGAGGAGAGGGGAGAGGAGGCGCACGCCGUCAGGGGAGAGGUGACCGAGCAGCUGGCGGCGCUGGUCCGCGCGCUCUGGACGCUGGAGUACACGCCGCAGCUCUCCGUGGACUUCAAGAGCAUCGUGGCCAAAUACGGCUCUCAGUUCCGAGGAAACUCUCAGCACGACGCUCUGGAGUUUCUUCUUUGGCUUUUGGAUAGAGUCCACGAGGACGCCAACGCCAACCCUGACAACGGCAACAACAGCAGCAAGACCAAAGCCAACGCCAGAGGGUCCAGCUCUUCAGAAAACCCUUUGAAUCCCAGCACACAUCAACCUCGGAGUCGACACAGUUUUGUUCAGGAGCAUUUCCAGGCCCAAUACAGGUCUUCUCUGACGUGCCCCCAUUGCCUUAAGCAGAGCAACACCUUUGACCCGUUUUUAUGCAUCUCUCUUCCAAUUCCCCUGCGGCAAACAAGAGCCUUAUGUGUGACGCUGGUGUUCAGCGCCAAAGGUCAGAGGUAUGUGAGGGUGGGGCUCGCUGUGCCUCUGUUCGGCUCCAUCUCCUCCCUGAGAGCUCUGACGGCGGCGGAGGGCAACAUCUCCCCUGAUCAGGUGAUUCUCGCGGAGCUCUACUCCACCGGUUUCCAGCGCUCUUUCUCAGACGAGGAUGAACUGACCAUGAUUGCUGACAGCGACGUCGUCUACGCUUUCCAGGCUCCUCCCCUUUCUAAUCGUAGCAGCUUAACGCCACGCUCAGGGUAUCACCACAGCCUCCCCUCCUCUCCUCACUCCGCCACGACGGGGCCUGCGGGUCAGAAGUUACCCCAGUCUGGACGCCUCUCCUCGGAGUACCUGAACCAGAGCAGCUCCUCCAAGGUCAUCCUGCUCAUGUGCAACACACUAGGGUCCGGUCAGCACGCUGCCAGAUUUGGACCUCCAUUUCUCAUGCUUGAAGACAGGACCGUCUCCUGGGAUCAGCUGACACAGAGCAUCCUCAGCAAUCUGUACUAUCUGAUGGUGAACGCGUCUCAGUCUCAGACUGCUGGUGUGCUGUUCAAGAUCAGGGUCGUGGGAUCCUCUGCAGCCUACAGCUACCUGUCUCCACAGGACAGCAGGCCGUUGUGUCACCCCGCAGUGGACAGAGCGUUGAAGUUGUGUGGCCCCGGAGGACCCGUCCACGUGAAGCUUGUGAUCGAGUGGGAGCGCAGCACUAAAGAACACCUUUUCGGCAGCAUCCAGGAGGAGGUGGUGCAGGACGCCGAGAGUGUGAGGAACCAGCAGCAGCAACACCUUCAGCAGCAUAGCUGCACCUUAGACGAAUGCUUUCAGCUCUACACCAAAGAGGAGCAGCUUGCCCCGGAUGAUGCUUGGAAGUGCCCUCAUUGUAAGCAGCUUCAGCAGGGCAUGGUGAAAAUGAGCCUGUGGACGCUGCCUGACAUACUGAUCCUCCACCUCAAGCGCUUCCGACAGGUCGGCGAGCGAAGAAACAAGCUGUCUACCUUGGUGGGGUUCCCAUUAACGGGUCUCGACAUGGCGCCACAUGUGGUGAAGAGAAGUCAGAGCAUGAAGAACCUUCACCAGGGCUCAUCUCAGACCAACCGGAGGCCGUCCUCAGGCCAGCACCAGCGCUCCGACAUGAUCCUUCCCCGUGAUUACCUCUACGAUCUGUACGCCGUCUGCAACCAUCACGGAGGAAUGCAUGGAGGACACUACACCGCGUACUGCAGGAACUCGGUGGACGGCUUGUGGUACAGUUAUGAUGACAGCAGUGUGGACCAGGUACCCGAGGAGGAAGUUUGCACCAAGGGAGCCUAUAUACUUUUCUACCAGAGGCGUAACGUCAUUCCACCGUGGUCGGCAAACGGCUCCGUCAGAGGAUCCACAAGUUCAUCAUUGUCCGACCACUGGCUCAUCAGGCUGACGGAAGAUGGCAAAAGAGGCAGCACUGUGUCUCGUUCAUCAACUGCAUGCGCUUCUCUCAUGCCCGACUCUCCAGAAUCCACAGUCUUCCAUGACAAUGCCUUCAAAGAUGCACAAGGAGGCUUUGAGAGCAGACCAUUUGUUAGGGGUCUUCAAGGACGCAGUGUGAGCAUGAGGGUCCCCAACAAGAGCAAGGACACCCUGAGCAAAGUGCUUCCCCUGCGCUGGUCUCUUGGUUCCAAGGACAGACGAAAACAUGACCAAGUGCCUCCUCAAGUCCAAGACCCUGAUCCUGCAGAGCUUGUCCAGUACUUGGAAUCUGGCCGGAGACCUCGCUGCACAAAAGAUUCAAUAGUAGCACUUAUGAAUGAGCCACGUAGCACAAAGGAGGCUGCUAAAGGUCGAGCUGCAGACAGUAGAAGGUCUUCCAGCAGUGGGACCGUAGGUUGUGUGGGUAAGGUCAAGGAAGAGUCUUUUUAUACAAAAGUCCCAGAGGGCCAGAAGCCACCAAUAGACAAGAAAAACAGCCGAACUGAGGGUAGUCACUCAAAAGAAGAAAGCAGGGUAAAUAUUAGUUCUAGCUCUAGCAGCAACACCCUCACUAGAAAGAAGGAUUCUAGGAGACACAGCUCCUCCAAACCUUCAAAAGAUGCACAGACAAAAGAGGGCUUCGACACUGGAGUCCAUCCCAGCUACAGCUCACCGAACUUACACGGGACUCUGACGAGACGAAAAGGGGAUAAAGCUAAAAAGGACCAAGAUGGCACCCAUGAAGAAAAAGCAAAGAAAGGAGAGGUGCCCAAGAGUCAUGAGGGUCUGCUUUCUUUUUUCAAAGGCAACUUCUUAAAAAAGGACACUAAGAAAUCCGAGAGCGACUCAGGGAGAGUAGAAAAUAAAGAGGGAAGCAGAAAGACCUCACUAACAGUGGCCAUGUCCAACGGAGUGGCAGGUAGCAGAACGAGACUAGAAGAGAGCAAGUCUAAUGGCUACCGCCAUCAAGGCGAGGGGCUGGCAAACGGGAAGGUUGGAAGGACUCCAACUGACAUCAGGCGCUCUCAAAGCUCCUCAAACAUUACCGCCAAACCGGAGCCGAACAUGCGCAGAACGGCAUCCUUGCACCGGAACGCCAUGUCCACAGCGCCACGGAACUUGACUGCAGACAAACCGUCUUACGACACCCUGCAGAGAAACCGUUACAGCACAACCUCACUGGGACGCAAAAAGACGGUCCCUGAGUCUAGUUUUUGACGCAGAGAAAUCCAACACUCCCAUCUGAAGCCUUCACUCAGUGGGGAGAAAAAGAGAAAAAGACUCUGUAUACUUUAUCAAAGCAAUAGAGGUCCAUUCAUAACGAUAUGCCUUUUUUGCACCAAAAGUUGGAAGAUAAAGCAACUGAUUAGUGAUUUAGGUAUUUUUUUAAAAAUAAAAAAAAAAUGUCAUGAAAAUAAUCAAUGAAGUGCCUGAGCAACAUGAAUAAUGCAGUUUAUACCAAUGCAAAGAGGUUUUUAUCUGUUUAGCACUGGAAACAAACAACAGCCCACAUCUGCGUUGGGAGUCAUCACUCCAUGCUGACCUGUGGAGGUUGUGGACUCUGAUUGUCUUCAUUUUUAAGAAUGUAUAACGAAUGUUGGUGCUCUGAGGCGGCAGUUUUAAUGAGCAGCUUGAUUUUUGUCUUAAGUUCUUGGAAGAGGCAGGUUGGCCUUAAAGGGAGGUCGUACUUUUAUGAGGCAUUUAUUUAUCCCCUUAUGAUCCAAACCAGAUGUUUUUAUUUUAAAUAUUUUAAGAAGUGCGUUUAUCUACUGUGAAGUGUGGCAUUACUGCAGUGUGAGCACAAAGAGAAUGUCCUUCAAGACAACGGGUGCCUUUUUGAUGGAUGCUGAAUGAAGGUUUCCAUAAUGGGAAAAUUGUUUUUCUUUAUUUCUUCUGUAAGUGUUGUCUUUUCCGCUCAGUGUAAAAUCAUUGCAGAUGGAGAAACAAUUCCAGCAGAUGCACAUUUUUAAUUCUUUUUUUGCCAAAAUAAGAAAGUGGUUGUUCUUUUGUUCUUUUUGGUUUGGGCCAGAACUAGCACCGUUUGACUUUUACACAUAUACUCAUCAAGCUGUGGUUCGCUCGGCCACUUUACUGGACUGCUCUCCUCAUCUUGGUGGACAAGAAAAUGGAUUUUGUCCAACUUUCUUAUGAUUGUUGACAGUAUUCCAGUUUCAUUUUAGCUUGAUCAAGUCCAGAAAUCUUGGAACAGUGCAGCUGUCGGACUGUUUUAGAAGGUCGAGUUUCUGUCCACUUAACAGGACUUGUGACAUUACAAGUUUGCCCAAAGGGAAAUUUCAUUUUAAUUUACUUGAAAGUACUGAGUGCCUUUUAAAGACAGAAUUUCUAUGUGCAUGGAAAUUGACUUGUUGAAGCUGCAGCAUAAGGGACUUCUCAUUUAGUGACGGUACGACCACUCCACACACCACUAACCCAACAGCGUGUUCGAGCCUUUAUUUACAGACUGAAACCAUGCUAAGAUGUCGUUUUGAAACCCGUAUUUCUUUUUUUUUCUCAUCUUUUUUUCCGGGUCAAAGGUUGUGGCACGUUUGGUUCGAUUUAACAUGUUUACAUCUAUUUUUAAAGAUUGUUUUUAAUCAGACUAACUGUUUCGGAGAUCUUUUUUACAAUUGUUUUGUAAGAUAAACCAGCACUGAACACAUAUUGUCAUUUUUUUACAGAAGUAUUUGAUCAAAAAAAUGAACAUAUGGCAUCACAA